AUGGUUGCCACCUCCAAAAAUAAGCGCGCCGAGGGCACGUCCGGUGGGCCGAGAUUCCGUCGGUCCAAUUGGGCCGUUCCCUUUCGUGGGGCCGCACUUCCAUCGGCUUGUUUCACCUGCCUUCUCCAUUUCCUUCCGCCGAUUUCCCGUCCCUCCGGCGGGUUUUUUGUCAUUACUUCGCGCAAAGAGUGGCAGGUGAGAAGUCAAGUGGGCCGGCAGGGCUCGCGCGACUUGUUGGACGUGCCCUUCGGCUUUUCCUCUUAUUUGAAACCACUUCUGACGUGCGCCGCCGUUCUCCCCUCAAUCUGCAUUUUCCCCGGGAUAAGAUUUCAAGAGCACAGGUCGGCGCGCUCCCUUCGUUUUGGGCCGCUUUUGUCUGGGGGGACGCGCAAGCCGCGCCUCUCAUUAAAAGCGGCCCAAGUGCCGUGCCCUCGCAAACGAGAAAACAUUCGGCCGAGAUUCCAUUGUUCUAGCGUUGAUUGCAGGUCCGCUCGCGGCCCUCCCGAAACGUUCGUUCAAUUCCACAAUUUGUCAACGCUAAUACUCCUCCUACGCCUUUGCCGAUUUAUGGUACCGUAUCAUCGGUGGGGCGAGGUGCGCGGAUCGCUUGGCGGAACGGCGCCGAUAACUCAUCGGUGCGGGUGGGAUUGAACUUGUCAGGGCGCGGCGAAGCCCUUCGGUGGGGACGGCCCGCCCGCCUGAAGAAGGUCGGAAGUGGCGCGAAGAAGCCGAAGACACGAAGAGAGUCGGCGCGCCACCGUGCCCGCCCCAGAAGCCUGAAGCGGGGCGAACGCGACUCGGAAGACGCCGGUGGAAGCGGACGAAGAAGACGAACAAGUCCUGAAGGCCCCGCCGGUAGACCAAGAAGCUGGGAAGACGAAGCAAAAAGACGGCGCAGAGAAGUCGUCGCCUUCUGA